AAGAUUAUCAAGUUUCUUUUCUACCAUAUCGGCUACCUUAGCUCAGGUGAAAACAGCAAGUCUUGACAUCCAAGCUAUCAACCACAAUGGACUCGCUUUACAAAGAGAAUUCUGCUUUGGUGGUUGAACCGGCUUACUACUCAGGAGGAAUCCCGGUAUUCACCCCCACCAUGAAGCAAUUUGAAGACUUCUACCAGUUUAACAAGGCAAUAAACAAGUAUGGCAUGCAAUCGGGCAUUGUCAAGAUUGUCCCCCCUAAAGAAUGGACCGACGGUCUUGCAGACAACUAUACCGAAGAAAACUUACUGUCGGUCAAGGUGAAAAACCCAAUCAUCCAGCAUAUGAAUUGCUCAGGACCAGGGGUUUAUUCACAACAGAACGUCGAACGGGCCAGGUCGUAUAGUAUAUUCCAAUGGAAAGAAUUAUCCGAAAAACCAAAUCAUCAACCUCCUGCUCCAAAGGGUAAAGUCAGGGGUUCAGUUGCAUCCAAGGCUGCUACAAAAGGUGCGGCUAAGAAAGACAAUCAAAUUUUGGUUGAGGCUAAUGAAGAUAUCGUUGCAAAGGACCAAUCAGUGAAGGACGGGUCGAGUGAGUCUAGUGAGGUGCAAGACAGAAGUAGAAGUAAUUGGAAUAUUGACUCGAUGGAGUUUGACCAGGAAAGAUGUGAACAAUUGGAAAGAAUCUACUGGAAAUCCUUAACGUACGCUGAACCAAUGUAUGGAGCUGAUGUUAUGGGAUCGUUGUUUUCUGAUGAUACCAAGAGUUGGAAUGUUGCCCAUCUUCCAAACAUCCUUGAUCUCAUGGAUGUGAGAUUGCCAGGGGUGAAUGAUGCAUACCUUUACGCUGGACUUUGGAAAGCGACAUUUUCAUGGCAUCUAGAGGAUCAGGAUCUUUAUUCCAUUAAUUACAUCCAUUUUGGGGCACCCAAGCAGUGGUACUCGAUCCCCCAAGAAGAAUCAGGAAAGUUUUUCGAUGUCAUGAAGGACACCUUCUAUGACGAAUAUAAGUCAUGUCCGGAAUUUUUAAGACAUAAAACGUUUUUGGUUUCUCCCCAAUUUUUGGAAAAACAUGGGGUACAGUGUAAUAAAAUCGUUCAUAAUGAAGGUGAAUUCAUCAUUACCUAUCCAUAUGGAUAUCAUGCUGGGUUUAAUUAUGGUUAUAACUUAGCGGAGUCGGUUAAUUUUGCUCUUGAUGAUUGGUUCCCCUUUGGUGAAAAAACCUCGAAAUGUGAAUGCAUUAGCGAUUCUGUUGGAAUCAAUGUUAAACAAUUGUUCUGCAGCUACAAAGGUAUUCCGUACGUUUACGACCCAACUCCAGGCUUGACUAGUGAUUUGGGCGAAGAGACAGAAGAUGAAGAAAUCAUGCCAAUAGAAAAGAAACCAGUCACCACUCGUAAGAAGUCGCCCACUGCUCAUAGAAGACAACCUGUGAAAAGAAAGAUAAAAGCAAAAUCUGAACCAACAACAAAAAAGGCUAAGAAACCUAUUAGCAAAGCUGAUAACACACCCAAGAUCAUCUCAAAUAAUGAAUGCUAUCUAUGUCCAAAUAAUUUGCCUGAAGCCUUGAAAAAAUCACCGAUCUUUCAACUUUUAAACUGCGAUUUGAUAAAUGAAACUAAACACAAAAAUUACCAAGUUCAUAGAUUGUGUGCUACUGCCUUUCAACAGUUUAUACAUAUAGAUACUUUGAGAGGUUUUGUGUCUGGAAUUGAGAAUAUUUCCAAAUCUCACACUAGCUGGAAUUGUAAUUUAUGUGAUUCAAAUGGUACCACUCUGAAAAGACCUGCCAAAUCGCCCCAAGUACCCGGAAUUUGUUUUCAAUGUGAUUAUCCAAAAUGCGGACGUACAUAUCAUACUACGUGUGCUUUAGGAGCCGGUGUUUUAUUCAAUAAUGAUUUCGAGAAAGGCAAACCAGCUGGUUUUUGCAAGUAUCAUAGGAACAAGAUCUCUAAGUUGAAUAGUGGCCUUGAUGAGAAUAUUGGAAAACUUUGCGACAUUCCAACAAACUCCUUGGUCCAGUUCACCUUUGGGAAACCACAACACGUCGGUGCUAUCCAGGGAAAAGACAUUCAUUGUGGGUUGGUGAUUUCAAACAAUGUAGAUGAAAACACCUUGGAUAUUUUAAUUUAUCCUGAUCUAAACGACCGAUUAGAAGUUCAAUACAAAGAUUUGAUUCUUGGCUCGAACACACAACCGGAUAACUAUCACUUAUUCAACAUCAUGGGAAAUCUAAGCACUUCAACAAAGAGACAUUCUGAUACUAGUAUUGAUUAUCUGGCUGAAAAUUUCCCCGAAACUCGGAAAGAAAGCAUUAUAUGCGAGGUACCUCCACCUUCAUUCGUACCGUCAAAUGUAAAUUAUACGCCAUCAAACUCAAACCAACAAUAUAAUCUUCCUGAUCAAAAUAGAAAGAAUAAUGACACUUUAAUGAAUGAUGACCCCCCCAUGGAAACUAACAAAUACUUAACCGUUGAUUAUUCAUAGUUAUGCUUCCUUUUGUAUAUUAAAAUCAAAUAACUUAUGUAUCUUUUAUUCGC